UCCUGCCUCUGAACAUCGUGUUCGCUUCCUGCUGGGCCCCGUGGAAGGCAGUGAAGAGAAGGAGCUGACCCUCACAGCCACCAGUGUGCCCACCCUCAUCGACCAUCCGCUGGGAAUGAGGUCGCCAUGCAGCCCAGAGCCAUCCUGGAGGCUGGAUUCUUUGAGGAAAAGGACCUCGUUUGUUUCUUUCCAGUACGUGGACCAGCAUUCACCAGCCUGAAGAUUGGCAUGGGGCACCGACUGGAUGCCCAGGCGUCUGGGGUGCUUGUGCUCGGCGUGGGACGUGGACGAAGGCUCCUCACCGACAUGUACAACGCUCACCUCACCAAGGAUUACACAGUGCACGGCCUCCUGGGCAAAGCCACAGACGACUUCUGUGAGGACGGGCGGCUGGUGGAGAAGACAACGUAUGACCACGUGACCAGAGAGAAGCUGGAGCGAAUCCUGUCCCUGAUCCAAGGUUCCCAUCAGAAGGCUCUGGUGAUGUACUCCAACGUUGACCUACAGACCCAGGAGGCCUAUAAGAUGGCCAUGAGCGGCGUGCUCCGGCCCAUGAACAAGUCCCCAAUGCUGGUAACUGGCAUCCGAUGCCUCCAGUUUGCGCCUCCAGAAUUCCUCUUAGAGGUGCAGUGCAUGCAUGAGACGCAGAAGCAGCUGCGAAGGCUGGUGCACGAAAUUGGCCUGGAACUGAAGAGCACCGCUGUCUGCACCCAGGUGCGGCGUACACGCGAUGGUUUCUUCACCCUGGACGAUGCCCUCCUAAGGACCCAAUGGGACCUACCCAGCAUCCAGGAUGCCAUCCAGUCCGCAGCACCCCGAGUGGCAGCAGAGCUGGAGAAGAACUUGAGGCCGGGGCUGGGCACCCAGUAGCCCUUCAGUCCAGGCUGGCCCUGGGACUCCGAGGGGCCAAGCUCUGCCUUGGGGCUGGAGAGCCAUGCGGGACAUUGAAAGGCCAGGCUGCUGGGGGAGCGGUGGGUGUAUAAAGAUAAGAAUUGUUCAUGAGCCAGAACUGAUGACUGUGCAGAAUGUGGGGGGUGGGCGGGAGCUUUUUAACACGUGACAGAAAACCAACAGGGACUUUCCUGGUGGUCCAGUGGUUAGGACUUGGUGCUUUCGCUGCCAGGACCCUGGGUUCAAUCCCUGGUCAGGGAACUAAGAUCCUGCAAGCUGCAUGGCACAGCCAAAAGAAAAAAAAAGAUGAACAGACUUGGCUUAGUUAAAAAGAAAAAAACUUCUGUACAGUGGAAAAGAUGCUAAACGAAUGACAGACUGAUAAAACUAUUUGUUAUAUACUUAAGAAUUAAUAUCUAUAAUAUAUAAAGAGCUCUUAUAAAACAAUAAGAAAAAGAUGACAAGAAAAUGGGUCAAAUGACAUGCAUUGUGUGUUUAUACAGCAAAAGAAAUCCAAAUGGCCAGUAAACCUGAAAUGAUGCUCAACCUCUCUAAUAAUGAAAGACAUUCAGAUGAAAA